GAACCUGACCCAGAGAAGGGGCGAGGGGCGGCAGAGCUCGGGGCUGCCCGCGGCCUGGGGGGGGACUGCGCACGGGUCCCCGGCCACGCGGGGGGUGGGGGGGCUCCCGCGCUGGACCCGCAGAGCUGAGCUUGCCAUGGAGGAGGCACCCAGCCCCGCACCCGCGCUUUGGGACUGGGACUACCUGGACCGCUGCUUUGCCCACCACCGCGUCUGCAUCUCCUUUGGCCUGUGGAUCUGCGCCUGCUGCUGCUGGAUCGCCGCCCACGCACUGCUUCUCUAUCUGACAUGCGCAAAGAGAUCCGGACAGGCCCAGUCGGCGCUGUGUGCUGCAUGCUGCCUCCUGACCAGCCUGUGUGACGCGGUUGGGGCGAUUCUGGCCAGGCAGCUCACGAUCCAGGUAUUCACUGGUGCCUACCUAGCGGCUGUUGACUUGAUGAACUUUGUGUUCAUUCUGUUCCCACUCUGUGGCUCCAAAUUCAAGUCUAAUUUGGGUCACAGCUCCCAGGAGAGGAAGAGGAGGCAGCAGCUCAGGGCCAGUGUAUUUGCCCUGACGCUGCCACUGAGCCUGGGCCCCUGCUGGGCUCUCUGGGCUGCUGUCCCAAAGGCUUCAGGCCUUGUCCAUGGGCCACAGCGGAGGCUGCUGGGAAGCCUGCUGCAGGACAACACCGAAGUUUUUGGCUACCUGCUGGGUGGCAUCGCAGCCUUUGGCUCCUGGGCGUCCCGGAUCCCCUUUCUCUCCAGAAUCUGCCAGGGUAAGACGUUUUCCUCCAUCCACCUGUGGGCCCGGCUCCUGUCGGCCCUUGCUGGCCUCCUGUAUGCUUCAGCCAUUGUGGCCCACGACCGGAAGCCUGAGUACCUGCUGCGGGCCACACCCUGGUUCCUGACCUCCCUCGGCCGAGCUGCGCUGGACCUCGCCAUCAUUUUCCUGUCCUGGGUGAUGAAAAGCAAGAUGAGAAGGGCCUUGGGGUUUGCCUCUGAAGCCAGAGAGAGCCCGGACACCCAAGCCCUUCUGACCUGUGCGGAGAAAGAGGAAGACAACGAGGAGGCAAGAAACCAGAAUUUGGAUUGGGUGCCUCUCACAACACUACCGCACUGCAAGUCACUUGGGGCAACGGCAGCCAUCAGUCGCUACAUGGAGCUGACCAUUGAGCGGGUGCAGCAGACAGGCUGCAGCGCCACCAGGCUGCCGGGGGAUGGACAGAUGUGCUUGGAAGCUGCGUCCCUGCAGGAACCCCCCUCGUACCCUCCCGUUCGAGUCAUCCGGGCCCGCGUGUCCUCCAGCAGCUCCUCCGAGGUCCCUUCCAUCAACUCCGACCUUGAGUGGGCCCCUGAAGAUACAAGCCUGGAAGGGAACAAAGACAAUGUGGAGAUGCUUAGACCCCAGAUGCAUGGGCGCUCUAGGAGGCCAUUUGACUUGACCUCUGACGAGGGACACUUCUUGGAGCCACCUCAACAGCUCAGAGCCCAAAGCCAAGUGUCAGGAACUGAGCAGGCCUCAACUGGCAGCGGCACCCAUGGCAGGCAUUUAAGCUUCGCUGAGGCUGCCCGAUGAAGUGAAGAACCAGGAGCUGUCACUGACCUUGGCUUGUCUGCGCCGUGCUCAUAAUGGAGUGAAGACUUUGGGCCCUGUGGACAGACCCGACAUGCCCAGAGUUCUGAGAAUUUGAAGUUCACACAGCACUCCUGUGAAACAUAAACCGUCUCAAGUUACUCUUUUCCCUUUCCCUUUUGAUUCAACCGUGCUCUGAACAUCUGCUAUGUGCCAGGGAUGAGUUCAUUUAACAAACAGCUAAUGCCUUUGAAUCUCAGUAGAGCCCCACUCUGCAAGACCUGACCAAGCCUAGACGAAAGGGGUGCACCCACAUGCUGGGGGCCCGGGACACAACCACGGGUACUGAUGGGAACUGGCUCCUGCCUUCCGUUCACCCACGUGAGUUUUCUGCUGGAGGUUAGAGAUAGAUCUUCAAAAACACCACGUGUCCACGGUAGGCAGCCAACUGACUUGCCUCAGGCAGGCCACAGCUGAUGGGUGAGCUUUUCAUCCCCAGGGCCACAACUUUUCAGGAUGCAAAAAUGUACAGUCAUGGGUGCAGUGUGAACAUGGGGAACAUGCUUAGUGCGAGUGGUAACAGCAGGACAGGAGGAGCGUUCCUCUUUUAAAAGGCAGGGACAUGGGGAUAGGAUGACAUCCCUGAAGUCUGCCUUUAGCACAUACCCCCUUCCUCAAGGGGAUGCUGGCUUAUGCUCCAAGGCACCAAAAAUUGGCUGGACCCUGACGGAAAUGGCCAUUCACCCAAGAACAUCAAAUGAUCUUGCUAUCUGUGGAACAUCUCACUAUACCUUCCUUUCAACUGUGCUGUAAAUUAGAAACUGCUUUUAAAAAAUAAAGUAUUUAGUAAAAUGGUCUUGCUGACUUUCA